CCACGGUAUAGCCCGGUUUUGUCACGUUCUUGUGAGAAUAUAAUAUUACCUUUAAUCGUAAAAUUCAAAUAUUUAUUAAAAAUGUUUUAUUUAUUAGCUUGUGUUAAUUCUUUUUUUAAAUAUUUGUUAUUUUCAAACAAUAUCGGUAUUUCGAUCCGUGAGUGAUUUGAAUAAUCCGUGGUUAGAACAAUCUUUAUGGAGGAUUUUUCGAUAAUUAAUAUAUCCAAGGUUUCCUUGACAUUCUCAAUGGCUUAAAGAUGAAGACUAUGCAAUCAUAUUGACCACAAAAUGACUAACGUCAAGUUAAAACUUCUCUUCUAUCUUUUGAACUCUCUAUUAUCAGUUGAUUUAGUGCACUCUCGGCCUUUCUCUGCUAAUGUCACUGACUUUAUUAACAACAACAGCACCUUUACGAUACCAGUCGACUCUAACUCUGAUACUCUUAUUGUUGCCAAUGGAGAAGACCCAGCAGAUGAGACACCUGAAGAGACAAAUAAAAGCUCCAAUAUACAAAUGGAGGCAAUUGUCAACGCGGAACAGGAUAGGGAUGAAGCUCUCUCGGAAAAAGUGAUAAAAGAUCAAGUAAGCAUUUUAGAAAUGACAAAAAAUGAGGCAGAGGCAUUCGAAAAACAAUUAAACACGUCAAGUCCUCUACUGGAGUCAAUGAUCGAUUCGGAAUCCGAUAGAGAAGAAACUUUAACGGACAUUUUAUUCAGGCCUGAAUCGGAAUUCGUUGAGGGUCCCAGAUUCGAAUUCUUGAUCGCCCGACUCAAUGAGACUGAUGUUAAUAAGACUGCUGUGUUCAGUGAUAACAACUUAGAUAAAAAUGAUAAGAACUCUAGUGAUGUGCUCAAAAAGGUUGACUAUGUAGAGUUAGUCGAAGUAGAGAAGCCGAAGAUUAGUGAAAAUAAGAGUGCUUAUAGCUUUGGUAAUAUCACAGGACAUGAUGUGGACAACGACCUUGCGCCAGACACGAUUCUGUCAAUGUUCUCAGGUUACUCCGAUGUGCAGACUUUAUUCAUGGCUUGCUUCGGAACAUUGUUGCCGCUACUGGCUGCACUCUUCAUUACAUUACUAGUACGAUGUAUGUGCAGGCGGUGGUGUGCGAAGAAGCCAGUGCCGUCUUCAGCUUCUGUGACGAGCAGCAAACCAGACAGCAAUGAACAGACGAAGUCCCCAGAAGAUGGAGAUACAGGAGGGGAAACUCCACCAGGAAACGGUUCAGUGUUUACAAUGACGCUAAAGAAUAAUCAUCUUAUUGUAGAAACAGAAGAGAGGAAUGAUAUUACUAAGAAUGGACGAGCAACAAAAAUGAAGUACUCACCCGACAACGACGGAAUCUUCGUAGUUGAAGUUCAACAAUCAAACUCUUACAGACCCAAUAAUAAAAACCUCCAAAAUUCACAUAUUCAGGACCCUCAGAUAUCUACAAAUCAAGCUCUCAUCCACCGUGUACCAGAUGAGUUCGAUAAGCGCAUCGUUGAAGACGAUAGCGAAAGAAGUAGUGAAAAAUUUGAUCGACAAUUGGCCUUAUCCAGUACAGGACUUUCCAUCUCAGACCUUAGUAUGUCUUCGAUGGGUUCUCAUAAUGUUACCUAUUCGUACAGUAGUCAGAUCGGUUACGAACAAGGGCCGUUCGGAUAUCCAAUAUACGCAGGCUAUGAUGUAUCGAAAGAUGAUACAGCUGAAAGUUUAAUUCACGAUAAUUCACAAGAACCUUUAAUUGGUAAAACGCCAACUUAUCCCGAUAAACCAGUUGUAACAGCCGCAAUUUUCAAACAAGAUUCUGUAAUUAGUAAUGAUUUACUACAGGGGCCAGUAUAUUGUAUCGAAGGUUCGUCCGAUGGCCCCUUACUAUCUGACGUUCAAGCGAGAGAGGUAAGUCUCCAAAAAAUUCACGAUAAGAAAGAAAAGAAGAUGGAAAACGGUGUGGCAGUGGCCGUGGCUGAAAAAUUUGAGACCCCAAUAACAAUAUUCACACGCUUUGAUUCAGUUGCAAACCCUGAUCUCAAUAUCAAGGAGACAAAUAUGGCAGAUAUUCCUAAAGAUCUUUUAAAAGGUAAACGUGCAUCUUUACCCGUGAUUCGAACUGAAAUGUAUGAAUCAGUGAAAGAUGUCAUUCAAGCUGGUUCACCAAAGUUUGAGAGAUUGAAUAAUGAUAUGUCGCCAGUCGAUAUGUUUUAUGAUACUCCUCCGAUGAUAACAAUCACAGAAGAGAGCGAAUCAAAGUCAGAAGAUACUAGUUAAUUCUAAAAUGUAUAUAGAAGUAAUGUUUUAGUAUUAUAUUCCUUUCGCUUAGCUAAAUGUGGUGACAUUUACAAUAUAGUUAUAAUAUUUUAUUGAUAAUAAUACUUUUAUUGAUUUUUGUUAUCUUGAUGAUAAUUUUGUGUAAAUGCUUUUUAAGUUUGAGUUUAAUUAUUUACUGGAGCAAGUGUUUAUACUCUGGAACUCUCGGUAAUUAAACAAAAAAAUUACCUUUAACGAAAGUUUAACGUUAUUAAUGGUCUUGCGUUUUUUACAAUAAUAGGAAAUAGAAAACGCAAUUGUCAAGUUAGCUAAUGCUAAUCAUAGAUGGAACAAUCAAUUUAUGUAAGAAAUUAUUAAUUAUAUGUGUAAAAUAACAAUUAUCGUUAGUGAAUUAUAAUAAUUAUUAAAAGUAAGUACAUCAUUAGGAGGUUUAUAAUGCUAUCUAGUGUUUUAUGAUGCAAAAUUAUUAAUUUCUUAUACAAAUAGAUUGUAAAAUUAUAAAUAUAUACUUUUUUAUUUGGAACUCGUUACAGAAAAAUGCGCUUUGGUAUGUCUUAAAGAAGUAAAUAAUAAAAAGUAAAGUUUCAUGCAGAUAAACCACAUUUAGAAUUGUAAAUUUUUUCCUUAUUAGAAAUAAGUAGCUUGAUAAUUUUAAAAUUAUUAUUUUUUACGAUUGCCUUAUUGUAUUAGUUUGAAUAGAUUAAUUUAAUAUGUGUAAGUAUAAUCAUUAUAGAUGGCAGAAUUAAAAAAGUAGAGUACCAAUCAAAGGCGUCUGAAAAAUUAUUUCUUAAAUUUAUUCUUCAUUAUGUAAUUCUUUUUAAGUUCUUAUUUUCUAUUUUUGUAAUUAAAAUUGUGUAUGUUGAAGUGUUACUAAAACAAUAGAGCACCAUAUUUCCCGUUUUUUAUUAAUAUUUACAUUAUAUUUCUAAGUAAGGCAUAUUUUUAAGGAAUUUCAUGACUUCCGAGUUCAUAUUUGUAAAUAUUGAUGUGCAAAAAUAUAUAAUUUCUCUGAUUUUAAUAUGUGUAAUGUUAGUAGUUCAAAGAUAUUUGUUCUUAUUACUGAGCAUUUAUUAUUCGUUAACUUAAAAAAAAAAGAUAAAUUUUUGCGCUGGGUAGCAGAUUCGUUCACCACAGAGAUUUUUGAGAUAAUCACUAAAAAAACCACUUUACUACUAUUUUAGGCACAGCUUUAUAGGUGACAAUGGCUCAAAGUUAGUUAGGUUUUAAGAAUACCCAGACUGUACUAGUUAUACUUUUAAUAAAGUAAAAGCUUAUGAAGCUAUUAUUUCGUCUCGAACACCAAAUACUUUGCUUUAAGGCAACAAUUAUAUUGAGAUACAUUAUAGAUUUAAAAAAAAAAUGAAGUGGUUCUUAAAAUUUAUUUGUGUUGGAUUUUUUUUAAAUAUAGCUAUAGAUUUUGCUAAGUACCAAUAGAAAAAUAGAGCGCGCUGCGUAUCUGCCGCCAGGGCUUAGUGGUUAAACACGAAGGUUGGUUAAAUUCGUGGAUUUAACUUGACAACAGUUUGGCUCACAACAACUUCCUAUAAAUUUUGUCAGCUUUCUUUAUGUUAAUCAGGUUUCUAUGUUUAGUAUAUGUUAGCAGAGUUAUAUAGUUUAUGAAAUACGAAUUUCAACUCUUUGUACUUUGCCGAAAAGUAAAUGUUUAUUUUAUUGUGUGAGAAAUUUAAAAUUGUGUAUCUAUUCGAAUAAAUUUUGUCUAAUACAUUGAAUAUUGUCCAGGAUGAUCCUGAAAAUCUCUUCUUAAUUAGAGUGGCGGUUUUAAUAAAAUGUUUAUAAUAUUUGUCUAUGAGCCAAGGAUUACACCUGAAAUGCAUAUAUGAGGCACACCAAAGCAAAGUGUAGGUUUAUUUGUAAAUAAAAUAUAGAAAUUGUAAAAUUAUAUUUAUUAUGGUACAUUUAAUUUAUGAAGCCAUUUUAUUUGCAAGCCUAUUGCGUAAUCUAUAAUAAACUUUUGUCUAAUCGUGAUCUCAAAUUAAUUUACAAUACGUAGAGGAAAUGUAAUAAAAUAAAUAUUUUCAAAUUUUUUUUUUAUAGUGCCGUCCUAUUUUAUCGAAUCUUGUGCCAAGCAAAAUUGAAUUUUAUCUCGUAAUUAGUAUAUUAUAAUUGUAAAUAAUGCUCUGUUAUGAAGUGGCUUUGGGUUGUUUGGGGUUGAUAAAAUAAAUACUGGUCCGUACGUCGAAAAUAUAUCAUUCACUCAAAUGUGAUCGAAAUAAAUCUUGAAU